UGAAUUCGACCAAUCGCAGCACAACCUAUUGUAAACGAUUCAUUCAGUACGUAAUACAGUCGUUUUCUGUAAACGCGAUUUCUAUGAAUGACUUCGCCGUUUCUCAUAGUGUUGUGUGGUUGAUUAAAAAUGGGACAAAAUCAAUCUGGUAGUGGUGGUACAGGUGGAGACAAAAAAGAUGAUAAAGAUAAAAAGAAGAAAUAUGAACCACCUAUACCUACGAGAGUAGGAAAAAAGAAGAGACGUACUAAAGGUCCAGAUGCAGCUUUAAAAUUACCUCAAGUAACACCUCAUACGCGUUGCAGAUUGAAACUUUUAAAGCUUGAACGUAUAAAAGAUUAUUUGCUUAUGGAAGAAGAAUUUAUUAGGAAUCAAGAACGUCUAAAGCCACAGGAAGAAAAGAAUGAAGAAGAAAGAUCAAAAGUGGAUGAUCUUCGUGGAACACCAAUGUCCGUUGGAACAUUAGAAGAAAUCAUCGAUGAUAAUCAUGCUAUAGUAUCUACUUCUGUUGGAUCGGAACAUUAUGUAUCGAUUUUAUCAUUUGUCGAUAAAGAUCAAUUAGAACCUGGUUGUUCCGUAUUAUUGAAUCACAAAGUUCAUGCUGUAGUAGGGGUAUUAGGUGAUGAUACAGAUCCUAUGGUUACAGUAAUGAAAUUAGAAAAAGCUCCGCAAGAAACAUAUGCGGAUAUUGGAGGACUUGAUACUCAAAUUCAAGAAAUUAAAGAAUCUGUAGAAUUACCAUUAACUCAUCCAGAAUAUUAUGAAGAGAUGGGCAUUAAACCUCCUAAAGGAGUUAUACUAUAUGGACCACCUGGGACGGGUAAAACACUUCUGGCAAAAGCUGUAGCUAAUCAAACAUCUGCAACUUUUCUUAGAGUUGUUGGUUCUGAACUGAUACAAAAAUAUUUGGGUGAUGGUCCCAAACUUGUAAGGGAAUUAUUUAGAGUUGCAGAGGAACAUGCUCCAUCCAUAGUUUUUAUAGAUGAAAUUGAUGCAGUAGGAACAAAAAGAUAUGAUAGUAAUAGUGGUGGGGAAAGAGAAAUUCAAAGGACUAUGUUAGAACUCUUAAAUCAACUUGAUGGUUUCGAUAGUAGGGGAGAUGUAAAAGUUGUUAUGGCUACCAAUAGAAUAGAGACAUUAGAUCCAGCAUUGAUAAGACCAGGACGUAUUGAUAGAAAAAUAGAAUUUCCAUUACCGGAUGAAAAAACUAAAAGAAGGAUUUUCAGUAUUCAUACUAGUAGAAUGACCUUAGCACCAGACGUAAAUUUAGCAGAAUUAAUUAUGGCAAAGGAUGAUUUGUCUGGUGCAGAUAUAAAGGCUAUAUGUACUGAAGCUGGUUUAAUGGCAUUACGUGAACGUCGUAUGAAAGUUACUAGUGAUGAUUUUAAAAAAUCUAAAGAAAGUGUUUUGUAUCGUAAAAAGGAAGGAUCACCGGAAGGAUUAUACUUAUAAACAAGAAAUUAUUUACACUUUAUCUUACUCUUUAUUUACUGCUAAUAUAAGAACAUCAUUCGUGUCAAUACAAACUUAUUAACAAAAAACAAUAUCGUACAAUAUUUAUUCCUAUAAUUCUUUAAAAUAUAAAUAUAAAAUCAUA